AUGUCGCUCUCUGCAGCAGCAAAUAAUAUUUCCGAUAAUGAAUUUCAGAACAUAGGACCAGCUCCCAGACCACCGGGACUAGGAAAAAGUUCAUCUGGGUUCAACCAGACGCAACCUCUUACGAAGCUUGCCAGUCAGAUUGAUAUUCAGCGUAGCAUGGGUGCAGGGUCAGGUUCUCAAUCGUCGAUGCAUUUGAAGAAACGAACCGGAUGGGUUUCCUAUAAGGAUGACGGUCUGCUGUCGUUCCUAUGGCAGAAGCGAUACAUGGUGCUGAACGAUUCUUAUUUGGCGCUUUACAAGAAUGACAAGGUUGCGGAUGAUCCCGUUUUGCAGAUCCCGUUGACGAGUAUCGUAAGUGUCAGCAGAAAUCAGCUGAAACAGAAUUGCUUUGAGAUCGUUCGGUCGAACGAGCGGCUGUCAAGCUCAUCGAACUCGUCGGCGUCCACAGGUUCCAGCGGUUCUGGAAACACUGGAGACUCUGGCUCGAGAAAAUCGAUAUUCAUAUCUCCCAAGACGGAGCAGGAACUGCAUAGUUGGUUAGAUGCAAUCUUUGCCAAAUGCCCACUACUAAGCGGUGUUUCGUCACCUACGAAUUUUACUCAUAAGGUGCAUGUCGGGUUUGACCCCGAGACUGGCAGUUUUGUCGGAAUGCCUUCUAACUGGGAGAAGCUUCUGAAGCAUUCGAGGAUUACAGGCGAAGAUUGGAACAAUGAUUCCGCCGCAGUGAUCCAAGUAUUGCGGUUUUACCAGGAGUACAACGGAAUCUCGGGAAACGCCAGUAACCCCAGCAUCAAUAAUGCAAGUCAGCAUCCGCCGCUUAAUGCAGCUAAAAGUGGUAGCUCGUUGAAGUCGAGCAGUAAUAACAUCUAUAAGAAUUUGAAUGCGAGCAACAGCUCUGUCGGUCCAACUGGUUUGUUAGCGCAGAGACACGCUCCAUCACCUCCUAAUACCAAAGUUUCCAGAGUGCCUGAAAAAGCUACUCUACCGCUUCUAAAAACAAACACACCAUCGCCGCAACAUUUUACACCUUAUCAGCAGCAAACACAGCAUCCGAGACAUACACAACAAGCAGGAAGUGGUCAUUCACCUAAUAGCCCCUAUGGGCAGCGUAACUUACCUCACGCCAAUUUUCAGCAACAAAGCCAUCAGCAGCAGCAGCAUGGUCAACAAACAAGUUAUCAAUCCACUGGAUACCGGCCACAUCACAAUAAUGUCAAUCCAUAUGCAAAACAGCCUACCACCUAUGCAUCAAAAUCAUCAGAACAAAAUACGCGAGACAUAAGUCCUCAACAAGGAACUGCCAUACCACCGAGGUUGCAUCCUCAGCGAGCAGCACCUCAACCUCCGUCUGCGGUACGAACUGCCCAGAAAAAUGUGCAAACUAGUAAUUUGGGCUCAAGUUCCACACAAGCGCAUUAUGAAAGAUCAGAAGACCAGCGACCUUCUCCAACUACCCAUAGAGCAGAGCAGCAGCCUUUGCAACCCUUGAGACAGGCUCCAAAGAAGCCACUAACGGAGCAGAAAAGUCAUGCUGGUGUUACUAAACAGCGAAAGCCAACCAAGCCAUCCAUGUCUAAUGCCGAGAUAAUGGCUAAGUUGAAUACGGUGGCGUUGAAUCUUGACCCUUCGCCUUAUUUUAACAUGAUCGAAAAGGCUGGUCAAGGUGCUAGCGGUUCAGUCUACCUGGCGCAAAGAAUAAUGCUCCCUCCCAAGCUUACUGAAGAGGAGCUAGAUAAUAAUCAAGAGCGUUCGCAAGCAGGAGAUAAGGUGGCCAUCAAACAAAUGAUCCUGUCCAAGCAGCCGCGAAAAGAAUUGAUUGUCAAUGAAAUAUUAGUCAUGAAGGACUCUCGGCACAAGAACAUAGUAAAUUUCCUUGAAGCUUAUCUUAAGACUGAAGAUGAUUUAUGGGUUGUAAUGGAAUUCAUGGAAGGCGGUUCCUUGACAGACAUUAUAGAAAACAGUCCGUCAAAUGGAAGCAUGAACUCUCCGUUAACUGAACCUCAGAUCGCUUAUAUCGUCCGCGAAACAUGCCACGGUUUACGAUUUUUGCAUGACAAGAACAUCAUCCAUCGAGACAUAAAGUCCGAUAACGUUCUACUAGAUACAAGAGCUCGUGUUAAGAUUACUGAUUUUGGGUUUUGUGCCAAACUAACGGACAAAAGAAGUAAAAGGGCAACCAUGGUUGGCACACCUUACUGGAUGGCUCCAGAAGUUGUCAAGCAACGUGAAUAUGAUGAAAAAGUUGAUGUAUGGUCGCUAGGCAUAAUGGGUAUCGAAAUGCUUGAAGGUGAACCUCCAUAUUUGAAUGAAGACCCUUUGAAAGCUUUGUACCUGAUAGCGACCAAUGGAACUCCGAAAUUGAAGCACCCUGAAACCUUGUCCCUUGAGAUCAAGAGAUUUUUAAGUGUUUGCCUCUGUGUUGAUGUCAGAUACAGAGCAUCAACAGAGGAGCUUUUACAUCAUACCUUUUUUAAUAUGGCUUGCGGACCUGAAGAUUUGACACCAUUGUUGUCCUGGAAGAAAUAG